CCUAUUCACAUUGUGUUUUUUGUCUGAAACAUUCCUUUGGGAGAGCUUGCUGCUGACAAAGUCGAAGAUAAACGCGUUUGUUUCGCCCCGUAGUAGCACAACAACUGAAAUAGAAUGAAUGCCAAGGGAGCCGCAAAGGAGAAAAUGCCGAGUGCACCGGCAGCAGCAGUUGGUACCGCUCGGAUCAUCACCAACUCCAAGGAGGACAUGCGGGAGGAUGCCGAUCUGUCGCCGCGCCUGCGCAAACUUCUCAGCUGGCUGGGCCGAGCCAUGCGCAUUGAGACGACCAAUGGACGCCUCAUAAUCGGCUACCUGGCGAGUGCGGACAGUGAGGCCAAUGUGGUGCUGACCGCCUGCACCGCGUACAACAGCGGCGCUGACCUCAAGGAUAUUGCACCGCGAUUUCUGGGCACCACCAUGGUGCUGGGCAAGGACAUUCAGUCCGUGUGUAUUGUUAGGGACGAGCACGAAUAGCCUGAGCCAAUUGGGAGCUGUAGCUGGAAUCCCAAGUGCAUUGCUACUUUGUAAUUCUCAUACAUACAUAUAAAUCACUCUCACACAAUACAA